AUGGAUUGGGCAAGAUUAGAGAUCAUAGUCCCUAUAUUUCUCAUUAUUAUAUAUACCUUGUAUUAUAGAAAAUUCAGAUUUUAUCUUAUAUCUGAAAAAGCACAACCAAAUGUCAUCAGACACAAAUUAGCCAGAGGAACACCUCCACCUUCAUAUCCAAAUGGAUGGUAUCGGCUUUGUAGAAGUACAGAAUUGAAGAUUGGAUAAGUGGAAGAAAUAAAACUUGCUGGUCGUCACAUAGCUUACUAUAGAGGUACAGAUAAAGUAGUUUAUGCUGUUGCUGCUUAUUGUCCACAUAUGGGAGCUAAUCUUGGAAUUGGAGGAUAAGUUAGAUUCAAUUCCUGUAUUGAAUGUCCAUUCCAUGGAUGGACAUUUGAUGGAAAAUCUGGAUUAUGUGUCAAUUCUGAAAAAUUAGAUCCUAAAAUUGUAUCAACAUAUUGUUACAAUAAUAUUCAAAAUAUGGAUCCUAAUAAGAAAGGAGAAUAUUUACAAAAAGUAGAAGAAGGAGAAAUCAAAAUAAAAACUUAUCUCAUUAAAGAGAUUAAAGGAAUGGUCUAUAUAUGGCUCCAUUGUUUAGAAGCAAAACCAUGGUAUGAACCAGUGUCAGAAUAAAGUGAUCAUCUUUAAUUAAGAGGGGAGAGUGUGAAUUACGUAAAUUGUCACAUUUAAGAAAUUCCUGAAAAUGGUGCUGAUGCUAGACAUUUUGAUUAUAUUCAUUCAUCAGUUAAUGACUAUAUUCCAACUUGGAUAGUCAGUUUCAAGUGGACUAUGAAAAGUCUGCCUGCAAAUGACCCAGAUUUCUAUAAGAAGAUGGAACACAGCAAAGAGAAGGUUCGUAAGUAUUAAAUGAAUCUAUUCGAUCAGUAUUUAUCAAAUAAAGAUUUACGAUAAUAUAUGAAUGUUUUAUGUUUGGAUGCAUAUUUGGUUUUCUUUAAUAAAUGGAAAUUUAAUGUGAUUUGGGCAACUGGAUUUUAAAUGGGACCAGCAACAGUGGCCUUGUAUGUAUUGUCUGAUGUUUUUGAAGCCUUAUAUAAAUAGGCUAUUCAACCAGUUGAAAGAUUCAAUUUGAAAGUCUUUCAUACUUUAUAUACAACAAGUAUACUCCCUUAUUGGGCCAGUGCUUACAUAUUGGGGAGGAGAAUUGAGACAAGUGAUUGCAGAUGUCAGUUUGUGGAAUAAUAAGAUCUUUACAGAUAAGGUUGCUUAUAAUUUAAAGGGUGA